AUGAAAUGUUUCGCAAUCGUGACUGCUGCCAGAGCCGUCCGCGCCGAGAAGUUUGCUGUCCGCGCGUCGUCGUCUGAGGAGCUCGGUGGAACCCAGAAGCAGAUUCUCGAGGCGUUCUCGGGGGUCAAGGCCAAGUGGGAUACCGUGGAGAACAAGCCCACCGUGCUGCUCUACACGGGCGGCGCCGUGCUCGCCUUGUGGAUCACCAGCGCAGUCAUGGGAGCCAUCGACUCGCUGCCUCUGGUCCCGGAUUUUCUGAAGCUGGUCGGCACUAUCUAUGGUGGCUGGUUCGUCUACCGCUACCUCCUCUUCGAGGCAAGCCGGAAGGAGCUGGCGACUCUCAUCAACGACCUCAAGAACCAAAUUGCUGAUUCGAAAUAG